AUGGUCAACUCCUUAGAGGUCCUCGUCGUUGCCGCCCUUCUGGCUGUCGCCGCCGCCGCCCCGGCACCGGCGACGCCGGGCUACAAGCCCGCUCCGGCCCCUUACCGCCCGGCCCCCGCGUACAAGCCGGCCUCUUACCAUCCAGAGCCCCAGUACAAGGAGGAGGCCAAGCCGUUUGCUUACGACUACGCCGUCAACGACCACUACACCGGCACCAACUUCGCCAAGAAGGAGGAGAGCGAUGGUCACAGCACCCAGGGAUAUUACUCGGUGUCUCUGCCCGACGGCCGUGUCCAGCACGUCAAUUACGUUGUCGACAACUACAGCGGCUACAACGCUGAUGUCACCUACGAGGGAGAAGCCCAGUACCCCCAGUACCACCCUGCCCCUGCCUACAAGGUUUCUGCACCUGCCUAUAAGGCUGCCGCUCCGGCCUACAGCGACCACUACACCGGCACCAAUUUCGUGAAGAAGGAGGAGAGCGAUGGUCACAACACCCAAGGAUAUUACUCGGUGGCUCUGCCCGACGGCCGCAUCCAGCACGUGAAAUACAUCGCCGACAGCUACGGCGGCUACAACGCUGAGGUCACUUAUGAGGGAAAGGCUCAGUACCCCGAGUACUACGCUGCUCCUGCCUACAAGACUGCUGCCGAUGUCUACCAGCCCACCCAUUACAAGGAGGAGGCCAAGCCGUUCGCCUACGACUACGCUGUCAGCGACCACUAA